AUGGCGUUCCUGAGCCGCGCGUGCGCAGCGGCGGUGCUGGCGGGCGGCGCCAGCGCCUUUCCCGUGUACGACGUGGACCAGGGCGAGCCGCUGCCAGUGAACGAUCAGCGCGGCACGGCCUUCGCCUCGGUGAGCAAGCUGGAUGAUUCCCGGGUGAUCCAGUGCUACACGGACUACGCAAACAGCGGCGGUGCGGGCACGUGCAAGAUCCUCAGCGUGGACGGCAUGGCGGUCGCCGAGGAGGGCACGGUGGUCUUCGACGCCAAGCACACCCAGUACAUCAACGUCGCAUCUUUCUCCUCCUCGUCUGCCGUAGUCUGCUACUUGGACCACCUCGACACGGAGCACCUCGAAUGCAGGUACUUGGAAGUCGGCGACAGUAGCAUCGUGGCCAGCGAGCCCUAUGUCGUCGAUGAUGGUGCGGUGGAGAUUUCGUUCUUGAGCGUCGCGAGCCUCACACAAGAAGUCGGCAUCGUGUGCUGGACUGAGCCGCUCAACGAGUUGAAAGACAGAGCUGGCGUCUGUAACAAGCUGACCUUAGGCCAGGCGGGUGCGGUCACUGUCGGCAACAACGUGUUUCGACACGGACUUCUCCACCUCGGACGUCACCGUGGAGGCCUUCUCCGAGACGAGUGCGGUGGUCUGCUGGAGCGCACAGGGCGACGGUGA